GAGGCAGCCAGUCGCUCGUCCAGCCGCUGCGAGAUCGCUUGUGCCGUCGCCCGUCCGCCCCCGCCGGAGCAAACAGACAAAUGUUGGCGUAGGGAUAUACAUCAGGCGCAGAAAAAGAAGCGAAGCAAAGUUGGUUCGGCGCGCACCUGAUUUAGCCCACUUGGCUGGAAUGUGAGCUUUGGCGCCGCUCCAGUGAAAGAUGCUGCGAAGUGCUGGUUAUUUAUCGCGAGCACAGCACUGAACUUCGCCAGGAUGCCGUCGUUGUCGAGUGUGCUUUUCAGUGUUCUCGCCCUGAUGAUGAUCGCCGAGGCGAGGAAGCCCGACAGAGGCGUUACGCAUGAAGAAGCAAACCAUCACCAUCAGCAUCACUCGUCGCCGGCACUCACCGUUUUAAAGUUUCACCAGCCGUCGUCGACGCGUAGCAACCACGUACCGAUCGGGCCCAUCAAGCAGCCACCAGAGCCACCGGCCACGUUGCAACCCAGGGUCUUCUUCUCGGAGAACAGUACCAUUGUGCUCGCGCAGACCGGCAGCACGCCAAUCAUGCACUGCGAGGUUGGCGAUAUCGGCGAAGGCAUGGUUUCGUGGAUUAGGCGUAAAGACUACCACUUGCUAACCGUUGGCCUGGCAACGUACAUCAGCGAUGACCGCUUCUUCACAGCUCACGUGCGUCACGCCCAGGACUGGGCCCUCCAUGUCAAGUUUGCUCAGGAGCAAGAUGCAGGACUGUACGAGUGCCAAGUGUCCACGCACCCACCCACCAGUUUGUUUGUAGAGUUGGAACUUGUUGAAGCGAAAGCUGAGAUAUUGGGCGCACCGGACAAAUUCGUGAAGAGUGGCUCCGCGCUGCGUUUGACGUGUGUUUUGCGUAAGAGCACUGAGCCACCUGUGUAUGUUUUCUGGUACCACAAUGACCGCAUGGUCAACUACGAUGCUGCCCUUGGGGUCGUCGUGCGGCACGGAAGGUACAGUUCCGAGUUGGAGAUCACGACGGCCAAGGCGGAGCACUCGGGCAACUAUAGCUGCGUGCCAUCCAACACGCGACCCGCCUCGAUUCACGUUCAUAUUCUCAAUGGCGAGAAACCGGCGGCCAUGCAGCACGGCAGUAAAAGUUCAGCCCCGAGUUGGAGAUCGCAGGUCAUAUCUCUUGUGCUCUUGACGUUUUACUACCUGAUGAGGUGACGUGGACUGUAAACACGCGCGUUCGCCAUUCUCACUCAGCUGCUCUGGUGCGUGCGACUCGGCAAUAAGGAACGAGAGAUUCUGCGCGUGCACAGCGUGUGUGUGUUUGUUGCAUAAUUAUUGUGAUAAAUGUAUUUGGGCGGAAGACAAAAAGUGCAGCGGCGCGACCAACUGUUCAUUUGUGCGUCAAGAGUUUGUAAAGACUGAUGAAAUACCAAACAAUUCGGUUUAUCAACAAUUCUCAGUGGAUGUUUCAAUUUGAAAAAAUUAAUAUACAGUGUUACAGCAAAGUCUAUCAAUUCACUGCAAGGAAAAAUCUCGUCGGUUUGAAAAGCAUAUCGGAUCACUUUAAUCUAGUACCUUUUUUACUUCUGAGAUUCUUCACUUGCAGUGCUAUACCACAAAAUUUCUGUGCUAUGUUAAUGUAACAAAAUCAAUAUAGCUAAGAAUGUAAUGAUCUCGCU